AAGUCCAACACAUUCGAUCACCAUUUCAUGAUCCCCAAUCUCUCCUCUCUCUAUCUAGCAAGCAGCAAUCAAAACCCUAAUAUCCUCCAAUCCGUGACAGACAAUGACGGUCUACAUGAGCCGAUUGUUCCGGAAAUCCAAUUCAAGCUUCCUUCUAUCAAGCGGCAAAGCUUUGAAAUCCCAAGUCUCACGCUUCAGAGACGACAUGCUCUUAGUAGACGCCGGAAUCGGAGCUCCUAAACUCACCAUGCCGGACGAACUCAGAGACAUCCCUGACGUCACUAAUUUCGAGAACAAAGUCGGAUUCAUGGAAGCAACGGCCGGCGAAACGUUAAUCAAAACGCAGCUGUUGGAACGAAUGUUUAUGGAUCUGGUCGCCGGUGAACCGGAUGCGAAAGAGCGAGCGAUUGCGAGGUUUAAUGAGUCGGUGGGAUCGACGGAGACGGUGGCCGGAGAACCGGCGAUUGUGCUGUCUCGAAGGUAUACGCAGAAUCAGGCGUUGAUUGAGUUGAAGAAGAAGUGGCAGUCACAUAAGAAGGUGAAGGGGUUUCCGCUGGAGAAAGUGAAAGGAGGCUAUUCGGUUGCGAUUGCAGGUUAUAUUGCUUUUCUUCCCUUUAGGGCUUCCUUGGCUAGACACAAGUUGAUGAAUGAUAAGUUUACUAUUGAGACCUUUAACCCUAAGAGGAAGAAGCUUACUGUCUUUUAGUCCUUUCCUUUUUCAUCCAAACAUUAUUAUUAUUAUUAUUUUGCUGCUGUUCUUUUGUUUCAACUUAAGAAGAAGAUGGAUCAUGAUUCUCUUUGAUAUAAUAAUAGUUGCUAAUGGUGGUGAAAAUUAGAGUUAGUUUUUGUAUUUUAGAAUAAACACAGGGUGGUUUCGUUGUUGUUGACAAAGCUUCAACUGGGCAGACAAACAUGUAAGUAAUUUUAUAAUUGUAAUCAUAGUCAUACUACUAGUUUUAU